GUGAAGAGAGAAGGUGUCUGCGAAAGAUCAUAUAUGAGCACCUAUAAAAACUCCGGCACAGUCUGAAGUGACAUUUGAGAGGUGCACUAAGACAUGAUGCUGCUGGUUCUGUUUCUGCUCCUCUGUGCCUUUAGUCCUGCUUCGGCUUGGAUUCCAGUGCAAGACUGGGAAUCUGGAAACGUGACUACUUCAGUAGGUUCGUCUGGUCAGUGUGUCUGCCAUGUUUUUCUCCCUGACACCACUUUCCCUGCUGAUCGGGUUGAGCACAUGCAGCAAGUCAGCAGUGAUUUAAUCCUGGAAGUGGAAAUCCAAAUUGAUAAGAUGGUGAAGUACGAAGGGAAAAUGUUGAUCUAUCUUGCUCAGCUGAAGGAUCUGGAAUCCAGAGUGAACAUCUUAGGAAGUAGUCCUGAUGAUUACAUCCUCCUGGACUUUGAGCUGCUUAGGGUUGAGCUCAGGGAAUUUGAGGCUCUGGUUUCUCAGCUUAAGGACUCCUUCAACUCCUCUUCUCCCCUAUUCGACAGUCUCUACACUGAGAUCCACAACAUGACGCUCAUUGUGAACCAGCUGGAGACAUAUGACAAGAGCAACCUGGAGGUGAUCAGGCAUGAGUUUGCCAAGCUGCAGAAGAAGCUAGAGGAAUGCCAGAAGGACCAAGAGAUCAUCAAUCCAGACAUUGGAAACUGCAAUCACACUGGAAUCUUAAGCCUCAGCAAUCCAUUGGUGGUCCAAUUAAAUUAUCACUUAAAUUCAGGUUAUCUGUAUGGUGGCUGGGGGAGAGACUCCAAGCCCAUACGAGGUAAUGAAAACAUGUACUUCUAUGGUGGGUACAAUAGCCCUGGAGCAGUUUAUGACUUUUAUUCUUACUCUAACUAUGACAACCUGAUCCUGAGGAAAGCCUCAAAACACAUUGACCUACCAAAUGAUUGGUUAGGUGUUGGAAACAACUACAUAGUUCGCAGUAAUGCCAUCUACUAUCAGCAUAACAGCCCCUUUAGCAUGACCAAGUACAAUCUGACCUCUUCCGCAUAUGACUACAGAGUCAUUUCAUCUGCAAGUACGAGUUUUUCUUAUGCCUACUCAAGCAAUCAGAACCUGGACUUUGCAGCUGAUGAAAGUGGCUUAUGGGUAAUGUACGCUUCAAACCAAAACAUGGGGAAAAUUGUCAUUGCUAAAAUAGAUGAAAAAUCUUUUGGGAUUGAGGAUGAGUGGCGUACUGAUGUGUACAAACAGACAGCCGGCAAUGCUUUCAUGGUCUGUGGAGUGAUGUAUGCCACCAGGUCAGUGGAUAUAAGCACUGAGGAGAUCUUCUAUGCUUAUGACACCAAGACCAAGCAGGAGAAAUACCUCAGCAUCACCUUCAAGAAGUUCCAGGAAAAAUACAGCAACCUGGAUUAUAAUCCCUAUGACCAGAAGCUCUACAUGUACAACGAUGGCUAUUAUGUGUCAUAUAACGUCAAAUUUAACAAAGAAUGAUUCAGUAUAUUUUUGAUCUUCGUAUUGUGAUUCAUACGACUGAUCUGCAAUUUCUUUCUUCUUAAACCUUUAGGAAACUACACCUUGUUGUAUGUUUUCCCUUGUUUUCUUGAAUAAAAACAAACUGAAGCAUCC